CUUCAGUUCAACUUUGAGUGACACUCACUUUAACCAUGUCUGCUCUCUGGCUGGAGUUCAUACUCAUCCUUUGCUUCUAUGGCACAGCUUGGACUGAUGCAGACGUGGAAGGAGUGGUACGGAAACAUGUUGGACAAUCCGUCACUAUCCAGUGCAGAAGUACUUCCAAUCAAGAGACCCUGAAUUUGAAGAAGGGCCUCCAUGAGGAGCGGGAUAUUUUUUACGCAACAGUUCAUUCAGACAAACGUACUAUUGACAGCAAAUUUACUGACAGACUUCAGUACCAUGAAAAAUUCCCCAAUGUGGAAAUCCUCAUCAAAAACUUGACCCUGAACGAUACAGGACCGUACUGGUGUGUGUACAAAACGAUUGAAAACUAUGGACAAAAAAUCACAAAAGGCAGUGGCUCUGUGCUCCUGGUGGUGACAGAAAAGCCUUCAACAGUUGUAGUGCGUGAGUGUCAGCCGCCCCAGAAUGACAUGGUCCUGUGGGCUGUGGUGAUCGCCGCUGCUGUGCUGAUUCUCAUCCUCUCAAUUCCCCUCAUAAUGAUGAUCCUCAAGACCAAGCCCUCGCAUAACACAGUGAAAAGAAGGCAACAAGUUCCAGUCAACGAUGUUUAUGAGGACAUGCGCGGCACAAUCAGACGCUGAAACUGUCAGCCCACACCAACAUGAAACUGAAUUUUCAGCACCGCUGUGCUGCAAAGAAAUCACCACAGCAGCUCAGUCUGUUCUCACGAUUCAGUCCUUGUGUGGGUGUCACUGAAAAAAACACAAGGAGAUGUGUAAAAUGGUGCAACACAAGAACACUUGCCAUUGAAUCUGUAGAUUAUAUGUAAUCUUUUUAUAACAGAAAUGUCACCUGUGUCAGCCUUGUUCUGGGAUGUUCCAGGAUGAACAGAUUUUGAUUCACUUUAUUUUGUGAAGAUGUUCUUCUUUGUUUUCAGGUUUUCUUAAACAUAUUUUGUAAAAUUUUUUAUACAAUAAUUUUUAUACAAAAAUACAAUAUUUUAUAUUUUAUAUUUUUAUACAAUAUUGCCAGUAAUUAGUGGAAUCAAUAACUGGCACCUGGCAGGGUUGCUUGGUGGGUGUGCGGCGGGGGACUAUGUUGAAUGAAUAUGAGAGACUGAUUGAUGAAAACUUGUGAUCUGUUGAUGUGCGCUGUGUGAAUGUUCCCAGCUUCUGAAAAGGAGCACAGCAGAAAACGUUUGAGAACAGUUGAUGUAAAUAAAGGUAGGGUUCAUCUGAAUAUGAUGUCAAAUACUGUGUAUUGUAAUUCAAAUAAACAUCUACCAUUUAUAUGAAUCUACUUUACUGUAUUUUGUGUAGGAUGUGGCACUAAGAUCAGUACAUAAUAACACAACAUAAUAUACAGCACUGGCAUCCCACGAAGAACAGCACACACCACAUUAUUUAUGACGCUCAUAAAUUUGUGUGUGUACAGUAUG